AUGGGUAGUGAGCCGGAGUGGUACUCCUUCGGCCGCUGCCAGCAUGGAGAGCUGGGCCGGCGAGUGGUCACAGAGGGCGUGGAGGUGCCUGGCCUUGAAAAUGCGGAUGUUCGUCCGCUGGAGGUCUCCGGCCUCUCUGAGUUGGCCUGCGGCCACUUCCACAACUUGGCACGGGCGCCCACCGGCGAGAUCUUCGUCUGGGGAGCCAAUGGCGAGUCACAGCUGGGCCUUGGCGCAGACAACGCCGACGACGCCUUCGUGGCGGCACCCUGCAAGGCUGACGCCCUCCAGUCCUUACAGGAGUCGGGAGAGUCGGUGAGCCACUUUGCUGCUGGGCGAAGCCACUCCGUCUUCGUCACCAGCCCUGGCGGACGCUGCUUCAUUAGCGGCCGGCUGCCCACGGCGGAGCCCAGCUCCUCGUCCUCGCGGCGGAGCGAGGUGCGGGAAAUCCAGCUGACCGAUGCCUCCGCGCAGCCGCAGGGGCAGAUCGUCUCCUGUGCUGCGGGGGAGACCACCACCUUCUUCCUUUCGACUGAGGGUGAGGUGAAGUCCAAGCUCGAGGGCAUCUUCCUGCAGCAGCUGCAGAAGCAGGGAGAGGAAGAUGUCACAGAGGUGGACAUCACGCUGACCUUCAAUGACCGCGUCCUCCAGGACGAGGAGACCCUCCAGGGCGCCGGCGUCACGGAGAACGCCACGAUCACGGCGCUCUCCCGGAAGCUGGCCGAGGUGCACGGCCAUCACAGUGGCGUUUUCUCUGUCAGGAAGGCCUUCGAAGAACUUGCCGAGCUCGGCGAGAGCACGGCGGAGAAGGAGCUGCAGGCCCUCAACCAAGCACCUCCCUUCAGCCUCUUCUGCAACAUCCAGGAGCUCGGGGAGCUCGGGGCCGGUUGGGUGCUUUUCUUUCACUUUGUGCAGUUCCUUGGCUUUCUGUGCAUCUUCCUCUUCGUCCUCCAGCUGCCCUCCUACUUCGUCUUCCGCGCUGCGACGCCAGAAGACCUGGCGUCCUGGCGCAAUCACACGGGCACGAAGAGGGAUCAGCCCAUCUCUUUUGAUUGGAUCACUGCGGGCAACGUGGGCCCUCACGGCGCUUCUUCGUCAUGGCCAUGGCUGUGCUCCUUGGCCACGGCUGUUGUGAUGCUGCUUCUACUUCCGCAGUAUUCCAGGCUACAGCACUGGACCAAGCAGCACGUCGACCGGCAGCACGUGCAUCCAGACGACUUCGCCCUCUUCAUCGAGGGCCUGCCGGAGGAUGCGAGGGACGAGGAGGAGAUCAAGCAGUUCAUUGAGGCCCAUGGGCGGGAGGGCGAGGAGACCGACGUGGUCAUGGUAGCGAUCGCAUACGAUGUGGCAAAGUUCCAAUCGAUGCUGGCAGACAUUCGGGAGGCGAAGGAGGAACUCCGAGAGGCCCCCACCAUGGAGAAAGCCGUCUUCGAGGCUCGGCUGCGAGAGCGGCGAGCUCCCUUUAGGUCCUCCGAUGCCCUGCGGGAAGCGCUUCCCUGCACAGGCCAGGCGGUGGUGGUCCUCCGCUCACAAAGCGAGCAUCGCGAGGUGCUCGAGGAAUGGGACACUUUCUAUGAGUGGCUCAUGACAUCAUUGCAGUGCUUGAAGAUCAACAGCCGUCAGCCACGCUUCCGGGGACGUCACGUCGUUCGGAUCACUCGGGCGGCAAAUCCCUCGGACAUCCUGUGGGAGAAUCUGGGCACUUCACAUCGUUCGCGGCUCUACCUGCGGGCGAAGACCUAUGGCAUUGUGGCCCUGAUUCUCCUCGCUUGCCUUAGUCUGGUUGUGGCCUUGAACUGGGCCCUGGAUGGGGCGCUUGGAAGGAAGAACACUCGAGUCUCGGGGGCCUUGGCAACGCUCUCGAGCUUGCUCGUCGCGCUCGUGGUGAUGGGCACAAGGAUCUGGGCUUCCCGCACCAUCAGGAAGCAGGUGAUGCAGCAGAUGCACGAGACAAAGACCACUCGCGACGUCUCUUUGCUGACAAAGCUGGCGCUGUUCUACCUGACAGCAUACUGCGUGAUUGCCAUCCUCGUCAAUUGGGACCCGAUGCAGGGGGAGUGGUACACCGUUGGCGGCCUUGUCUCGGACAUCUCGUCUCUUAUGUUGAUCAACUGCAUUACCAUCCCGGUCUCCAUCAUCCUCGGCUGCAAUCUGUUUAUAAGGCGCAUCUUGCGGGAUUCUCGCCUGGACUUGGCUGAUCCACCACCAGGGCUCACUCAGAAGAGGUAUCAGUCGUUCUUUGAGCUUCCCGACAUGGACCAGACGCGGCCCUUCGCGAAGAUCCUGCUCACCUUCUCCCUGGGCUUCAUCUUCAUGCCCAUCUGGCCCUACGCAAUCCUGAUCGCCGCGGUAGCCCUGUUCCUGGAGUACUGGGCCUUCAAGUACCAGCUCCUGCGUCAGAGCAAGCGCCCGUAUCGCCAAGGCCAUGAGGUCUCCUAUGCCGCCCUGAGGCUGCUCUAUGUCGGCACAGCAGGCUAUGCUCUGGCGCAGGAGCUCUUCCUCAAGCCUUCGCUCGCUGAGGCAGAGGCUUCCUGGGCCGGCUUCAUCUCGCUGCCGCUCUUCGUGGCGCCCCUGCUGCUCAUGGCCUUGUCUACGAGGGUGCAGAGGCUGCUUUGCGGCGGCUUUCUGCUUGUGGGCCAGGAAGCGCCCACCUCAUCUGAGGUGGACUACUAUGUGGCGCAGCGCGCAUGGCCCAAGCAUCAGAAGUACCACACCACGAGUAUGGUCUACUUGCUCGGCUUCGAAGUGAUGGACGCCCGGGCACGGAAGCUAAAGUGGGAUCCUCGGACGGGGAACGUGAAGGAUCCUCUUUCUGUACCGCCGCCGCCCACUGUGUCCGGCCCGGUUGCGAGCAUCGUGGGCUCGCUCACGGAGCACGCAGAUGAAGCCUCGAUGGAUGUCGCUGACAGAACGGCGAAGGACGAAGAGGAUGACAGCGACGAGGACGUGGAGGAAACGGAGGCCAUAGCGACCGAAGACCCGGCAGCCCUGGCCAUGGAGGAGAUGAAGCAUAAGGUGCCCCUGUCCAUGUUGGAUGCCGAGGCGGACACUGAGGAUGACUCCGAGGAUGUCAGCACGGAUGACUCGGAUGAGGAUCCGGGCCCAAGGCGGCCGCUGGUGCUGGCGCCGGGCCACACGGCUCGGCUCACAGCUCUUCGGAAGGCAGGUGCGGAGAAGUUUAAUGGAUUGACCGUCACGCUGCUCCAUUCCGAAGGUCCGAAAUGGGUAGUCCAGCUACCAGGAGGACAGAAGGCUUCCAUUCCACCGGUGAAUUUGCAGCUGAAGGUGAAGAUUGUUGGGCUUCGCUCUGGACAGGGGAAGCUCUACAACGGCACAGUGGCAACGCUCAUCGAGUGGAAUCAUGCAGCAACCAAGUGGCUUGUAGAGCUCUUCACCGGCAUCCAGGCUCUCAUCCCCGCGGAGAACCUGGAGCCAGUAGAAGCCAUCUCUGACUCCUGA